CUUGAUGACCUGUCACUCUUUAUACCAGCUUCUAUAUUGUUUGUAUUCACGUCUUGAGUGUGGCAGUGCAUUGAGAUGUGGUAUAAACAGUAGUAAACAAAACAUGUGUUUAAUUUCGUAAUUUUUUUUUUUCAUUUAUCGUCGCAAUAUUGCACAGCGUGAAAUAGAUUAGAUAUUUACUGGAUUAAAUGUGAUUUUUCAGCGUUGAAAUUGGGCUGGAUGAAAUUUGUUAAGUAAAAAACGAUGUCAAAAUCUGUGUCACGAAAGAAAGUUUAGCACAUUCACUUUAGUAUUUUGUGCAACGUUGUGUGGGAUUCAAUUUUAUUAAUCAAUCAAUGAAAUGGUUGGCAAAACGAAGAAAUCAUCGCUCAUUUUGAGUGAUCUCAAUGAUGAUGUUCUCUGUAUCAUAUUUGAUUACUGUUCACUCGACGAUCUACUGAAUUUAUUUUACGUGUGCAAACGCUUUCAAGCAAUCAUUAGACGAUCGACAUUCUUACGACGAAGCCUAGAUCUAUUGCUAGUUGGCCAUCGAAACCAAAAUGCGAUCUCGUAUCAACGAACAAUACAAAAUUUGUCUUAUCAUAAACGGGUGAAAGUGUUCCAAAAUUGGUGUUAUGGCCGUUAUGAGGAGCAUAUUUUGUUCCAUCAAUCUCAAUUCAACCCAUCGAAAAUAUUUUUAGAAAAAGAAUUUCUGUACAAAUCACACAGCGGCCAAUUGAGAAAGUUUGCACGAUCGAAGCGACAUGGUGAGAUUUUGUAUCGACGGCCGAUUGAAACCUAUGGUGAAGUUCGUGAUGCUGACAUCACAAGCUUGAGCAAAACUGAUGGAACCAUUUUUAUUGGGCGACGAAAUGGUCGUGUGAAAAUUAUUUCGGUUGAUGGCAACGAUGAAAAUGAUCCGAUCGAUGAGACUAACGUCAGUUCAAACGCAUAUUCAGGGCAACGCGUUGAAUCAAUCGACUUUUCUGGCGAUUUAUUUGCAACGUCAACACUGCAACGGGCUGCUUUGUGGCAAAAACGCUAUGAACUCGAUAUGCCGUAUUUGGAUACUGUGGCUGAACUUGGUGAAGGUUUCAAGUGCAUUCGAUUUUCGCCAAACGUUGAUCGAAUGGCAAUGGGCAAAUAUAAAGAUGCAUCGCGCAGAGGCCUCUCCUUGGUCGACGUAGCAACCAAUGAUGUAAGCCCAUUAGCAUCGGAUACAUCGUCAAUUUAUGACCUUCAGUGGAAAGAUAAUGAUGUUAUAUUAACGGGACAUUAUGAUACAACGUUUCGUUUAUUCGAUUGUCGUACAAAUUGCGAUGAAUUGAUAUGGUUGGAUCCAUAUGAUUUGGCCAUUUAUUCCAUUUCAUAUGAUGGGAAUUUCGGUGUUUUAUGCGGCAUGAAGUAUCAUUGUCGGGUGAAUUUGUACGAUUUACGGGUGCCAAACAAAUACAUUCAACUUUAUUUCCCGAAACAACGUUUCCGCGGCGCUAAAGGCAUCAGUUCACCAGCAUAUCAAGUGGUUAACGAUCAGAGCCAAUUGUUCAUUGCAACCGAUUAUAAUUUACGUGUUUUGGAUUUUGACGCUGACUGGGCUGAAUCAAAAGACUACACCAAUAUUUUUGUUCAUGAAAUGAUCGUCAAUGCGAGUUCAUAGUUUUGAGAAUUUUUUUUUUUUCAUUAUUACAAUUUGGAGGCUUUAGGCAAAAGCGUUAUUAAUUUUUUAAAUAAAUUUCUGUAUAUUCUGUAAAUAUUGAGGUUGAACAAAAUGUCAAAAGCACAAAAGUGUACGGUUCGAAUUCUGAUACCCGAUUCGUUAGGUCUUUUGACCACCGCUCAAAUAGUUCAAUUAAAGGUUGAAAUUAUUUUAGUUCUUGUUUUGUUCUUUGGAAGAUUUUAAAGUUUUGUGUAAAAUCAAAUAAAUUACAACAGCAUGAUAAAUAAA